AUGCGUCCAGCUAUCACAACAACAACAACCAACGUACUGCGACCGUUCGCCAGCAUUUCGCGCCGGUCUUUGUAUCAAACUACCUGUGUGCGAUCCGACAAAGACGACGGUUCCCAUAAGGUGGCGAAAAAGCACGUUGGCAAGAUUCGAGACGAAGAAGCAAACAAGGAAAAGCAUCCAUCGCCUAUUUCCCCCGAGGCACGCGAAAAGUUGUCGGAAAUGGAGAAGAAGGCCGACGAGCACGAUAAAAAGUCAAAGCAAUAA